UGUCAUUCACAGUGACCGAGGCAUUACGAUCCACCACUAGGCUGGAAACCCGGCUCUGGGCAUGCCCUGCGGGAAUGCAUUACUAAGGCAACCGCUGCAACUCUCCAGUUCUUGUGUUGAUCUCUAGGUCGCUGCAGCCAAGCAAGGAAAGAACGGAAUUUGGAGAAACGUUUAUCUAUUUAUUUUUUUUAAGCUUCACCCCCUGAGGAUUUGUUUCCGAUGGUCUGACAGAAAUGACUGACAUCCUACGACUGGUAUCAGAAGCGGACAGACGGACUUUGCCGGCUCUCUCCCAGCUCUCUGAAAACGAUAUUGACUGUAUUUGGGCUGCGGUAUCCGCCUACAUUGAACGUCAGAUGACCUUACAGAAGGGGGUCCACCUGGCAGGAUUGGGGACUUUCACCUUCUCUCAGCAAAAGCUGGACCUAGGGUACAAGUUCACAAUGAUCCAACGACCCAUCUUCCUCCUGGCUGGGAAACUGGUCCAGUCUCUGGGUUUAAAGCAGGCCAGGCCACUGGCUGCAGCAACACACCUACCAGUGGUGCAGCUAAACUUUGCAGCAGUGUCACAAGAGACUCCUUUCAGUCGAGACGUAGUGGAGGGCUGCAUUAGGGAAACUCUUCUGCUCCUCUUCAGAGCUUUGGCCUCUGAACGAAACCUGUUUGUCACCUUCCAGGGAAUUGGAGUUCUGUCCUUUAAGAACAACAAGGUCCGGAUGAAAUUCAACAGAGGUUUUGUGAAUGCCAUGGAUGGAAGUGGUAGGCUGCUGUUAGCCUUUAACAAUAGACCUGGCAGCAGUGUCUCUUUAAUGUCUGGUGGACUGUCCACGCUUCAGAGGCCACAGACUGCUAACCCCAUCACCCUGCCCCCUGUCUGCUCUCCUCAGCCAGACGACAAAGCCAAUGACAAAGAAGAAUGGUGCUUGUCACCAGCUCCAGACCAGAGGAAUGCAGGAGAAGUUCCCCAACAGAGAGAAUCUAAAUCCCAUCAGACACUGCAGCCUGCUAAGAUGAAAGCUGUCAGCCUGUUUGAAGAACUGAAUCCAAAACCCCCUAUGGAGGCCACAGACAAGCCCGCCACCUCCAUCUCACCACCACAGGUCACUCCAAAAGUGGAGGAAUCUCCGGUGGAUGUUAGCUGUUCUGGCCAUGCACGAGCUGGACAGGAGCUGUGCUACCUGUGUAUGCAGCGGGCUCAAAGAAAUGUUCCAGUGUACCUGAGGGAGCAGCAGCAGGCAGAGGAGAAAGCUCAGGAGAAACUAUUACUGCUUAAACAACAACAGAGAGACAAGCAGUGCAUGGAGGAAGAACAGACAAAGCUGAAUGAGCAACGUGAGCACGCGAGGCAGGUUGCUACAUUCAACCUGAAAAUGUCAGAGAAGAAAGAGAAGACUUAUUGCCCUCUAUGUCCAACUUCAUUCAUCUUCCCCGCUCGGCCCCUCACUCCUGCCAAGAGGAUUCAGCAGCAUCGUUACAUGAAUGAUCUUCAGAACCAGAUAGAGAAUCAGCGUCAACACAAGGCUCAGGACCAGCAGAACCGUCUUCUAAUGGAGCAUCUAGACCAGGUCCAGCUGGUCCAGGAGAUGGCUUUGCAGAAGGCUCAGCAGCUCCAGCAGAAACAUGAGAGAAUUCAGCAUUACAAGAUGGCUCUGGACACUCAGGUAGGUGAUAAGAAGUCCAAAGACCCUCCAGCCUGCCAGGCUGACAACUCUGGAUUCAACCGCUGUGAGACAGCAGCCAGCAACGCAGAGAGCCGAGAGAGGGCUCAAAAGCUCUUCCAAGUAAAUUUCACUGCUGCCACUCAGAGGAAGAAGGAAGAACUGCACAACCGUGCCACACAGCUGGAGAAAGAGAGGGAAAUGCUCAAACACAACAAAAGAGAACUAAUAUUGGACCGCAUUAAUGGCUUUGAGAAGAAGCGGGACAUCAAUAGGUCAUUAGAGGAGGAGUGGAGUCGCAGUGUGGGGCUCAAACACCAACGAGAGGAGGAAGAGAGGCGCUUCCUAAGGUCUGCUGGUCAACUCCUGGUAGAUAAGCUUGCACAGUACAAGCGCUGCUGCCAGUGCAAGAGGAGGACCACUAACUUUGGAGAGACCAACAUCUGGAAAGACUCUCAUUACCUCUCUGGCUCACAGUUCAUGAUCUGAUGAACAGUGUAGCACAUGAACAUCAGUAUCUCACAGCCUUAUCGAGACCUCAACCCUUGGUGGGCGGCAUGUAAUAGUUACUAAAGAGCAAAACUAAUAUGUCAAGCACAUGUGAAGCAUACUUGGAUGGACAGGAUGCACUAUUCACCGGUUUAAUGUGAGAUUUAUUCUUGCUUUCCUAAAUUAGUCUGUGGAGUUUGUGUUUGUUAUACUUAAUAUGGCUGUUUUUGGUGUUUUGUGAAAACAAACAAACAAACAAACAAACAAACAAAUCUCUACUCUGUCAUUUAGUUUGAUUCAAAGUCCCAGUGUGUUAAUGUAAGAUGUGAGACAAGCUGGGAGAAGCUUAUCAAGGUACCUACAGUAGUUAGCAUGCAGGUAGAAGUUAAUGAAUGUAAAUACUUUGUUAUCAUGGCUCACACUCAGUUCAGAACAAAUAAGAAUGCCUUUGUUUAUUGAUUGCAGUCUACAUAGACUAUAAAUCAGGUCUGGCCAUGUUAAAAUGCUAAGUAAAAUUCUGCUUAGGGGAAUUAAAAAUGCAUGGCUAUUACCAUACAAAAGGGAUUUUUACAGGUUAUGAAAAACUUAUACUGCGAAAAUGUGUGCUUUUCAGAAGUGCAGCAUACUGGUAAAAGCAGUAAAGAGACCAUUUGUGGUGUCUGUCAUUGUUCUUGGACAUUAGAAACUUUGAGGGGUCACUGUCCCAUAUCUGACCCUGAAGUUGUCUAUGCCACAAUAAAUACAGAGAAGUACAUUAAAUUAAAGAGGGCCCCAAAAGUGCCCCAAGUUUUUGGUGAUUGUGAAGAUAGAAAGAGCAAAAACACAAAUCAUUAUAAAUCAUUGUGGGUUUCUUCAUAAAUCAUUAAGGGUUGAAAACUAAUUGGAGCAAAAAGAAAAGUGAAGAAAAUGAAACGAGAUUAAAAAAACGGUAUGUAUCGUUAAUAUGGGAAGACGGGUUCAUGCAAUGGGGAGUUUCUAUAGUUGAUAAAUGUUGUGUUGCAAUAUUCUUCUGGCAGUAGUCCCAGUUCUCUGUGAAGCCACAACUCCCUUAAUGAGCUCAUGGAGGCAUUUGAAGGUCUUUGUACUAAAACAGAUGCACAAUAAACCGCUCCACACACUUAGGCUGAUUAAUUUACAAACUGACAGAUUGUAUGCAUGAACAAAGAGGUAUGUGUGUGUCUGUGUGUGUGUUGUUGUGCCUAUACUGUAUGGUGGUACGGAAACAUAUCUCCCUCAUACUGUAUCCCAAGACAGAGACAUGUGAUACAGAAGAGGAUCCACCCUGAAACAUCUAUAGACUAGGAAUGUCAGAGUCCUACAGUGUGCAGAUAUACAUGCUAUAUUUUUAAUUGUUGGUCAUGUCUUUCUCUCUUGUGAUCAGGCAGUCCACCAUUUUGAUCCAGACUGAAAUAUUUCAACUAUCAAAUAAAUUGCAAAGAAAUUGUGAUCAUGGUCCCCAGAUAAUGAAUCCUGCUGACUUUGAUGACCACAUAACUUUUCCUUUAGCGCCACCUGUAGGUCAAAGUUUUCACGUAUCUUGCAAUAUCUCAACAUCUAGUUGGAUUGGCAUAACAUUUUAUAGACAUUCAUGGUCCCCAGAUAAAUCCCCUGACUUUUCCACUAGCGCCACCAUGAGGUUGACAGUUUGAAAUGUCUUCUCAACCAUAAAAUAAACUGCCAUGAAAUCUGGAUGAAUUCUCAGAGAAUUCAUUCAUUCAUUCUCUGAGAUUCCCUCAUCCUUCAUCUUGUGCCAUAAUCAAGUCAAAAUGUUAAUGUCUCUGAUACCUCACUGACUAAUUACAUUCCCAGCAGUCUCAGCUGCACUUUGUAUUUAGUUUUGAUUAGCAAAUGUUAACAUGCUGAAC